AUGGCUUCGAGUAGUCACGUUGGUUUCGAUUUGAAUGAGCAAUAUGCACAAAUCAGUUUGGAAGAUGAGGAAGAAGGAGUUUUGAUUGGAGGGGAUGAUGUGAGUGAAGAAUUGCCGUUUGAUGAUAGGUGGUGUUUGGUAGGGAAAUUUCUAACGGGGAGGGCAGUGGAUUUUGAUGCGAUGAGACAUUUGAUGGCCUCGCUUUGGCAGCCGGGAAAAGGUGUGUUCAUCAAGGAGUUGGAUACUAAUCGCUAUCUUUUUCAAUUCUACCAUGAAUUAGAUAUUCAAUCAGUCAUUGAUGGGAGUCCAUGGACUUUCAAUAGAAGUCCUCUUGUUUUUCACCGAUUGCAGAAGGGGGAAGAUCCAAAGGCUGUUCCGCUUCAUAAACUUGAUUUCUGGGUUCAGAUACAUGAUCUGAAAACUGGCUUCAUGCUAGAGCGUGUGGUUCGGAGUGCGGGCGAGUAUAUUGGUAAGUUUGUCAAAUCCGAUCCCAAGAACUUUAAUGGAUUUUGGCGAGACUAUUUACGGGUUCGCACUACGGUUGAUAUUGAGAAGCCGCUGAAGAGGCGAAUGAAACUCUGUAAAGAAAAUGGUGACUGGAUUUGGGCUAAUUUUAAGUAUGAACAUCUUCCUACUUUUUGUUUUGUGUGUGGAAUUAUUGGGCACUCGGAGAGGCUAUGUCCGAAACGAUUCGAAUGCCCUAUUGAGCAGCUAUCCAAGCCUUAUGGCAGCGGCAUGCGUGCCCAGAUGAAGAAGAAAAAUUAUUUAAUAGGGGCUCAAUGGCUUCGGACUGGGAAUGAGAAUGGUGGAGCCGCUGUUGGUGGUGGUGGCGAUCGGUUGUACAAGGCCGGUGAUGAAGUUAAUGCUCAUCCUAAAAUUAUGGAAGUUGAUAGUAUUGACCAAGGAGGCAAUCGUGAUCCCUUGAUUGUAGGAGAUAAGAAUAAGGAGAAGUUAAUUAUGGAAAGUGUGGUGUGUGCACGUCAGGUUGGUGGGAAUGAAUCUAGCCAUGAUGAGGUGGAUGCUGAUGGUAGUAUUAAUGAAGAGGAUAUGAUUAUUCUUUUAGAGAAUAAAAGGAGGCGUACAGUGGGUGAAGGAGUAGUUAUUGGUGGACAUGUGAAUAUGACUAAUAUGGUUGAUGGACCAAUUGGUAAUAAUGGAUCAAAAAACAAGUUACAGGUGGGCCUUGGUGUUCAGGCCCACCCAUCAUCAUGA